AGUAACCAGGCAAGCCAAAACCUUUCCCUUCCCCAGCUCUCGCGAGAGUGGGCGAGGUUUCCGGUGUUGUGAGUGCGGCGCCCGUCAACAUGGCGGUGAACCUCCGCGCCCGGUCGCUGAGGCACCUCCGCAUCCGAGGCCGGAACGACAGCGGCGAGGAGAACGUCCCCCUCGAUCUCACCCGAGACCCCUCUGAUAAUCUGAGAGAGAUUCUCCAGAAUGUGGCCAAAUUGCAAGGGGUUUCAAAUAUGAGAAAACUGGGCCACUUGAAUAAUUUUACUAAGCUUCUUUGUAAUGCUGGUCAUAAUGAAGAAAAGCUAGGUUUUACUUAUGACGAUAUCAUCAUAUGUUUGCGGUUAGCUUUACUAAAUGAAGCAAAAGAGGUGAGAGCGGCAGGUCUACGAGCCCUUCGAUAUCUUAUCCGAGACUCCAGUAUUCUGCAGAAAGUAUUAAAAUUGAAAGUGGAUUACUUGAUAGCAAGGUGCAUUGAUAUACAGCAGAGUAAUGAAGUAGAAAGAACACAGGCACUUCGAUUAGUCAGGAAAAUGAUCACUGUGAAUGCUUCAAUAUUUCCUACUUCCGUUACCAAUUCUUUGAUAGCUGUUGGAAAUGAUGGCCUUCAGGAGAGGGACAGGAUGGUUCGAGCAUGUAUUGCUAUUAUCUGUGAAUUGGCAAUUCAGAAUCCAGAAGUAGUUGCGCUUCGUGGUGGAUUAAGUACCAUUUUGAAAAAUGUGAUUGAUUGUCAGUUAAGCCGUAUAAAUGAGGCCCUCAUAACUACAGUUUUACAUCUUCUCAAUCAUCCAAAGACUCGACAGUAUGUACGAGCAGAUGUAGAAUUAGAGCGUAUUUUAGCUCCAUACACAGACUUUCACUACAGGCAUAAUCCAGACACUGCAGAAGGACAGCUCAAAGAAGACCGAGAAGCACGGCUUUCAGCUAGCAAAAUGGGAAUUGUGGCAGCAUUUCGCUCAUGGGCAGGUAUCAUUAGUUUAUGCAAGCCUGGGAAUUCUGGGAUCCAAUCUCUAAUUGGGGUGUUUUGUAUACCUAACAUGGAAAUACGGAGAGGACUGCUUGAAGUUCUGUAUGAUAUUUUUCGACUUCCUCUUCCUAUUGUGACUGAAGAAUUUAUAGAAGCACUUCUCAGUGUAGAUCCAAGCCGGUUUCAAGAUAGUUGGAGACUCUCUGAUGGCUUUGUAGCUGCAGAAGCUAAAGUUAUAUUACCUCACCGAGCCAGAUCCAGGCCUGACCUCAUGGAUAAUUACUUGGCACUGGUUCUCUCUGCUUUCAUUAGAAAUGGAUUGUUAGAAGGUCUCGUAGAAGUGAUCACAAGUAGUGAUGACCCUGUGUCUGUCCGGGCAACCAUCUUGCUGGGAGAACUUCUGCAUAUGGCAAACACCAUUCUGCCUCAUUGUCACAGCCACCACUUACAUUGCUUACCAACUUUAAUGAACAUGGCAGCAUCUUUUGACAUUGGAAAGGAAAAGAGACUACGAGCCAGUGCAGCACUGAAUUCUUUAAAACGCUUCCAUGAAAUGAAGAAACGAGGACCUAAACCUUAUAGCCUUCAUCUAGAUCACAUUGUGCAGAAAGCCAUGUCAACACAUCAACGAAGAGAUCAAUAUCGUGUGCAAAAAGAUAUCUUUAUUCUAAAGGACACAGAGGAGGCAUUGUUAACAAAUCUAAGAGAUAGCCAAGUUCUUCAUCACAAAGAGAAUCUUGAGUGGAACUGGAAUCUUAUAGGGACCAUACUUAAGUGGCCAAACAUCAGCCUAAAGGCUAACAAAGAUGAACAAUUGCACAGAUUUGUACGACGGCUGAUAUAUUUCUAUAAGCCCAGCAGCAAAUUGUAUGCCAACCUGGAUCUGGAUUAUGCAAAAUCCAAACAACUCACAGUUGUGGGCUGCCAGUUUGCUGAGUUCCUUCUUGAGUCCGAAGAGGAUGGUCAUAGCUAUCUUGAAGACUUAGUGAAAGAUAUUGUACAAUGGCUUAAUUCUUCAUCUGGAAUGAAACCAGAACGCAGUCUCCAGAACAAUGGGCUACUUAACACCCUUAGUCAGCACUACUUUUUGUUUUUUGGUACGCUUUCCUGUCAUCCCCAUGGAGUGAAAAUGCUUGAAAAGUGUAACGUGUUUCAGUGUCUCCUUAAUCUUUGCUCCUUGAAGAAUCAAGACCACUUGCUCAAACUGACAGUUUCUAGUUUGGACUACAGCAGGGAUGGAUUAGCAAGAGUCAUCCUUUCUAAAAUUCUAACUGCUUCAACAGAUAACUGUAGGUUGUAUGCUACCAAACACCUCCGAGUUCUUCUGAGGGCCAAUGUAGAGUUCUUCAGUAACUGGGGAAUUGAAUUAUUGGUCACUCAGCUUCAUGACAAAAAUAAGGCAAUUUCUUCAGAAGCACUUGAUAUCCUCGAUGAAGCAUGUGAAGACAAGGCAAACCUUCAUGCUCUCAUUCAGAUGAAACCAGCACUGUCACACCUUGGAGACAAGGGCUUGCUUCUCCUUUUAAGAUUUCUUUCCAUUCCAAAAGGGUUUUCCUAUCUAAAUGAGCGAGGUUACGUGACAAAACAAAUGGAGAAAUGGCAGAAGGAGUACAACUUAAAAUAUGUUGACUUGAUAGAAGAGCAACUUAAUGAAGCACUGACCACUUACCGGAAACCUGUUGAUGGCGAUAAUUAUGUUCGGCGUAGCAACCAAAGAUUGCAGCGGCCACAUGUUUAUCUGCCAGUUCACCUUUAUGGCCAACUGGUACACCACAAAACAGGCUGCCAUUUGUUGGAAGCUCAGAGCAUUGUUCCUGACCUGAGUUACACUGUUCGUUCUCCAAUGCUGGAUAAAUGGGAAGGGAUUAAGCAACUGAAAGCAGCUCUCUGGGCAUUGGGAAAUAUUGGUUCUUCAAAUUGGGGUCUGAAUUUGCUUCAAGAGGAAAAUGUGAUUCCAGAUAUAAUGGCGCUUGCCCAGCAGUGUGAGGUUCUGUCUGUUAGAGGGACAUGUGUCUACGUGCUUGGCUUAAUAGCCAAAACGAAACAAGGUUGUGACAUUCUGAAACAUCAUAAUUGGGAUGCGGUGAGACACAGUCGAAGACAGCCAUGGCCAGUAGUCCCUGAUGACAUGGAACAACUCUGCAAUGAACUCUCUUCCAUCCCCAGCACACUUAGCUUAAACUCUGAAUCAACUGGGUCAAGGCACAACAGUGAAAGUGAAUCUGCACCAUCAAGCAUGUUCAUUAUGGAAGAUGACAGGAUUGGCAGCACCUCUACUAGCACAUUUUUCCUAGAUAUCUCAGAAGAUGGAGAGCAGAAUCUCUAUGACCAAGCUGGAUCUUUGAAAGAUAAAGAUCGCAGUCCCUUCCCUUUUUUCUCUUCCGGCAGGCUUGCAAAGAAUAGAUUUUUAAAUUCUCUUACUUUGCCUAAUAAAAAGCACAGAAGCAGCAGUAUUCCUAAAAGUGGCAAGCUUUCUUCUUCAGAGAGCAAAAUGGGUUUGAGGCGAAAUCGCACAGUAACUGAGCCUUCUAGCAGUAUGGAUUUUACACGGGGGGAUGAUUUCACGCCAAUAUUCAGGGUGCCUAAAAUACAAACUUUCAAGCUGGAAACAUCAUUUGUUGGGAGCAGGCAAAAUGAAGAUGCAGCAAGCACCCCAAGCCUUGGUGAGAAUGACCUAAAACUUCCAAAUAACUUUGGCCAUGAAAAACACCGGGAAAACACCAGCCGAGAAAGGCUAAUGGGGGAUGUUUCUACACAAACUAACUUCAAAAGUCGUAGUUUGAGUUUUAAUACAGAUACCACUACAAGUGGCAUAAGUUCAAUGAGUUCAAGCCCCUCAAGGGAAACUAUGGGAGUGGACACUACAAAUAUAGACACAGACUGUGGGAGUUUAAGUACUGUGGUGAGUACCAAGACUGUUAAAACUAUUCAGUAUUCGACUCCCCAGCCUAAUCACCUCCCACUCUCAAAGUCAAAUUCUGUUUCCCUGGUGCCACCAGGGUCCUCACACACUCUUCCUCGGAGAGCACAGUCACUAAAAGCUCCUUCACUAGCUACAAUAAAAAGUCUGGCUGACUAUAACUUUAGUUAUACCAGUUCUCGAGACGCCUUUGGAUAUGCAACGCUAAAACGCUUGCAGCAACAGAGGAUGCACCCUUCUUUGUCGCAUUCAGAAGCCCUGGCUUCUCCAGCAAAGGAUGUGCUUUUCACGGACACUAUCACAAUGAAGUCUGGCAGUCUAGAUUCCCGAUUAACACAAAACAGGUUCAUAAGAGCUUUAAGUUAUGCAUCAUCUCUAGAUAAAGAAGAUUUAUUAAGUCCUAUUAAUCAAAAUACUCUGCAGCGCUCUUCUUCUGUUCGUUCCAUGGUGUCAAAUGCUACCUAUGGUAGCUCAGAUGAUUACAUUGGACUUGCACUUCCUGUUGAUAUCAAUGAAAUAUUUCAGGUAAAAGAAACUCCGUAUUUUCUGAAGAAAACUAUGCCUUCGUUUGAUGAACGGAGCACUCGUGUCUUUGGCCAGGAUGCUGGAGGUUUGUCAGGAAGUUCUACUGAGGCUGUGAAGAGUCCUUUCCAGAUACUUCGUCAGCAGAUCAGUCUUACAGAGAUUAUGAACACAAGCCGUUCGGAUGCCUCCCAGUUCCUCGAAAACAUGGAAGACACCGGGCUUCAAGAGCACACUGAAGACAAUUGUCUUUACUGUGUCUGCACACACAUUCUGGGCUAUCAACAUAACAACAAAGUGAACUCGGCAUAUAGUCGCACAGAAUUUUCAGACAUUCCUUAUUCUGACUGGUGUGGAAAGACCAUGCAUAAUCACUUGGAUGUGGUUUCCCAUUCCUCAAAGUUUUCUGGAAUUUCAGGAUGUAGCGAUGCUGUAUCUCAUGGAUCAGCUAGUAGCACCAAGAGUACAGAUCUUGUCUUAGGUGUAAAGUCAAUACCAGAUGAUACUCCAGUCUGCCGCAUACUACUGAGAAAGGAAGUCUUGCGAUUAGUGAUCAACUUGAGUAGUUCAGUGGGAACCAAAGGCCAUGAAACAGGUUUAUUGACGAUUAAAGAGAAGUUCCCCCAAGCAUUUGAUGACAUAUGCCUUUACUCUGAAGUGUCUUACUUGUUGGCUCACUGUACAUUUCGAUUACCAUCUCGGCGGUUCAUACAGGAGCUUUUUCAAGAUGUACAGUUUUUACAGAUGCAUGAAGAAGCAGAAGCUGUUUUGGCUGCAAAUCAACAGACAGUUAGCCUGUCGACAGAAUCCUGACCUCUUGUUUUCCACGGUGUGAUAAACAUGAAGUUGCUGGUAGCCUUGGAUAACUAUUGAUGGAUUGGGCAACAGAGAGAAGCAUCACCUUCUAAAUGGCUGCUGGAGUCCUGAGUACAUGUAGUUGGAGUCUGAGCUACAGAACCUGCUCUCCGUGGACCAUGGUUUCCCUAGCUGUCUGAGCCAGCCCCAUGGGGAAUCGUCUAAAUGAUAAAGUAACAAUUAUGAAGAUAUGCAAGAAGAACCAAGCAUGAAACACUUGCACAGGUUUUCAUUUCACAUACUUUAAAAUGCAAUGUAUGGCAGAGGACAGUGUGGAAGGGCACGUUUUACAUGGUUGACUUCUGGACAAAAAAAGUGAUAUCUUGCUUGUUCACCCUGGAUCUCAGAGUCAGGGUGUCUUAGGUUGUAUACCAUUGUUGUCAGUGGAGCAUGUUCUAACCGUGGGCAUAAGGGCAUUAACAAUGGGCCUUCCAUGGUAUUUUUCUUAAUUUUUGUGAAACACUACUUGGGGGAUUUCUGAUCUCAGAGAGAGACUCCUCAGUAACUGAGGAUAGUCUUAAAGUUAUGUUAUGAUUACUUAUAGCAAAACUUCUAGCUGUUAGCAGCCUGUCCAGCUCUGUUGCAGUUAAUUGUAAUUACGUGUUUACUGAACUAAUUAAGGAAUUUCACUACAUUGAUUUUAAGAGAACAAAUCACUUAUUCAUCUCCUGGAAUCAGAUUUUCCCUGUAAAUGUAAUGCAUGCCAUUUUGGUGGAGUUUCUAUGUUAGUGCUCAUCCAGUAUAUAAAUUGGUUGUCUAAAUGUAAACCUUUAACAAGCAUGGCUUCAGAUUAAGGGGUGCAUACUUUAUCAAGUAAACCUAGUAAAUAUAUGCCUGUUGCUGCUUUUGAUCAAGAAAGAUGAAAACAAAUUCCACAUUCCAUGGCUUUAAAUUUUCUCCUUAUUACUGGACUCCAGGAUAAUACCAAUAAUUGUAGUGAAAAGCCUUAUACAUACAGUGUUGAAGCGGCCACUACUUUGCUUUAAUCCAGAGUACUUUUGGAUAAUUUGCACAGAUUGUAUAAUUGUGACAAUGUGUAGAUUAGUUCCCCCAUCCCCUUAAAGUGAAAUACAUAAUUUUUUAUAAGUACGGACUUGAAACAAAAGCAUCUUAUACUGAGCCUCCACAAUAUCAGAUAACUGAUAUAUACAAACCUUUACAUACAUAUGCCCAGUUCCUUUAAUUAGGCUUUGAUGGACUAUAUUUGUUUCUAAUUUCUUGUAUAUUCAAAUCAUUCAGCUGGACUGUUUUGAGAUUGUUCAUCCUCUUUCACACACGCAUACCCCCCCCCCCUUCAACCUUAAAACAAAAAACAGCAUAAGGAUUUGCUUGCCAAGGUGGAAACUGCUCAGUUUUGCUUAUUCCUCAUCUGAACUUAAUUAAUGCGCUAAUGAGAUGUUCUUGUGGCAUAAAUUUGUUCUUAGCGGCAUGUACUGUUCUAUAUAAUUGCAUUCUUUUCUUUUGAAAUGUAGCACUCUAUUACAUUUACUGCCAUACCAAACAAAAAAGCAAAAUUAUUUUGCUGCACAGCUCAGGGAGAGAAAAGUAGAAGUAGUCUACCUAUGCUCGCUGCUUUUCACCUAUCUUCUCCCUUCUCCAAGAAGUGGCAAACAGUUGUGUCUGGCAUUCCCCCACCCCCCUUCCCUUCUAAUCACUCCUCUCUUUCACCUGCUACAUUGAAGGAUAAAUGACUACGCCAUAAAGUUCUUCCUAGCUUGUCCAAGCUGUGUAGCUGCAUGUUUUCUCUCCUCUUACUGCAUCAUAGUGUGUUGGGGGGCUUACCCACUGCUUUCUCUCUGUCUGAAGAAGGUACAAAUGGAAUUAUUGUGAGUACUUUCAACAAGAAAAUAAACCACUUUAGUAUUUUCAAGAAACUACCCAUGCAGGCAGUUUUCCAUCUCAAACUCUAGAAAUGAGGUCUGGGGUAUCUUCUUCUGUACUUUGGAGGUGAUUAUUUUUCCUGCUUCCCCAGGUGAUGGAUACUGUACAAUCAGGAAAACAUUUCCUUAAUAGCAAGAUAGAGGGGAAAGACACUUUCAUGACUUCUUUCCUGACUUACUAAAUUUUGGACUAACAUCAGGUGACAUUCCCUAAAGCAGUGGUUCUCAACCUGUGGGUCCCCUGGUGUUUUGGCCUGCAACUCCCAGAAAUCCCAACCCGUUUACCAGCUGUAAGGAUUUCUGGGAUUUGAAGGCUAAAACAUCUGUGGACCCACAGGUUGAGAAUCACUGCCCUAGAGGCAGUCUUCUCCCCACCAUCUCUCCCCCCCCCCCCCAAGCUGAGGAGCAAAGGCUUGUCUUUGUGCUGGCACUAAAGGUAAUCCAUUGAGAUUCUAGUUUGCAAGUAAGAACCCCUUCCUGUAGUAUCAAAUGGCAGAACUGCUUUCAUCAAAUGAUAUUCCCUUAACUAUCAUGUAAUUUAUGGAGGACCAUGGAAAAAAAGAUGCUUCUAGCAGUAAUCAGUAGUCUGUAUAUUCUUUGAAGUGAAUCUUGGAGAUUGGGGUGAGGGCAGGGGACAGAAAGGAGCUUCAUUUGUUUUUAUACCAACCCAUUGAUCAUAUAAAGUUGCAUAAUAAUUAUCUAUCAGUAUUUGGAGAGAGAUCUUUCAGCCUUUAGUACAGUUCCUUUGCAAAACCAAAAUAUCAGCCACAAUAGACCAAAUAGUGGUACAACCUCCAAAGGACUAAUGCCAUAUUCCCAUUAAAAACUGAAAUACAGUAGUUGCAAAUACUACCUCAGUUAAGUUAGAGUAACAUUGGCAUCUCGAUAGAAUUAAUUGAUUGGCUUCAUAUUUCAUUUUGUUUUGUAUUUUCUUUCUUUGAAGUAAGAACUAAAUCAAGGUGCAUUCUUAAAAAAAUGUAAAUCCAUAAUAACAGGAAAAAAUUCUCUAAAUAGUUAAGUUUCCUGAUUACAACUCUUAGAGAAAGGGUGUUAGGAAUGAUUACAGAUCACUAGAAAGGAAACUUGCAUAUCAGUGUAUAUGUAUUCAGAUAGCAGUGCAUAUGCCAUAUAUUUAAUAAGUUUUUGCUUUUUUCAAAUAUCAAGAACUCUGACUUCUAUCCAAAAUGGGCUGACCCCAGCCAUUUGAGGAGUGAUAUCACAAAGAAUUCUGCAAAGUAAAAGAUAUACUCAAUGAAUUUCUAACUAUGACCAUCAGGAAAGGGUGACUUAAGGCCAUACAGAUGUUGUUGGGCUGCAAAUUGGAAAAUUCAAAAAAGCAAAGGUGUUUGGAAUUGCAGCCCAACAACAUCUAUAGUGUUGCAGUUUCUCACUUCUACUGUAAUAUCAAAAGUGUUUUUUACUUCCAUCUCCUUGAUUGGACAUGAAUGAAUAUACCCUGGAACAUGACAUGGAUAGGUUUUACAAUAGUAAGGUGUGUAUUUUGAAUUGAUUUUUCUCAUUGGCAAAGUUCUACCAUAGAUCAUACUUGCAUGGAUUUUAAAUCAUUAACUCAAAUGCAGUUAAACAGCCUUUUGUUAUGGCUUGAGAACUUCCCUGCCUGGUUUGUGACGAUUUCCUGCAGUUUUGUGCUGCCAGGACAAAGAGCAAAAGGAAGGUGUACUGAGCACUUGGUUAGCUUUUGGACUUGGCUGGUGGGCUGCAUUUGGCUAAGCAUGAACAAGCUUCUGCACUGAAGUUUCUCCUUGAGCACUGAGCCAGAAGCUCUGGAAAAGGUUCCUUAGAAAUAACUAGGAUACUUCUUAGAAGAGAUCUGCACUUGCAUCACACAAUGAAUUACAAGGGCAUGCAGACCGGGUCACUUUUUCCCUUCACUCAGAUGGGUCGAUAAUUCAAUCUGUAUUGCACGAAAAUCAGAGAUGCUGAACAAAUUCUUGUGUAGUAUCAUCUCUCUCCCAUUAAGAUAUGCAUUGGGUUUUUAAAAAGGACUUCGAUGCUUCAAAAAUAACCCUUCAAGAAGGGUAAGGAACCUUGGUCUCCCAGAUGCUAUGGGCCAUAAGUUUCAUAAUCCCUGACCUUUGGUGAUUCUAGCUGGAGCUUUUGGGAGUUGAAAUCCAGAACACCCAAAGAACCAAAGUUUUUUCAGGCUUCCUUACAACAUGCUACUAAAUCCUGAGGAUAUGUUGGGACAGAUGCUUUGUUUGUGUGGAGGAUAGUGGAAUAAUGAGACAUACACAUUUGCACACUCACACUAUGGAUGGAGGUUAUUUGAAUCUAGGGCCUGAAAUGAGGGCUGCUCCACAUCUUUGAAUGUCUAAGUGGUGUCCCAAAAGGUUGUAUGUGAAAAAAAAGUUAAAAUUGUUUCCCUUUUGAUAGUUACUCAAUUGCAUUCCAAAAUCAAGGAGUUCUGUUUUCUGUAAAAAAAUAAUUUUAGUGAUAAACUAGAUGUUAUGGCAUAGCCAAGCUUCACAUUCACCAUCUCCAUCACCUUGUAUAUACUAGCAGCAGAGCAAUAACUUGGUUUUAUUUGCUGUUAGAGGGGAAAUAAACCAUGGUUUUUAUAGUUCUCAGGACCAUAGACUCAGAUUCUAGGUUUACCCUUCUGUUUGUUUUCACUAACUUCUUCCUCCUUUCUGAGCCCUCCACACCAUUCCCAACUGUCCUCUCACUUCAGGAACAGGCUUUUUGAAGGUGCAAAAAGAAGGGGGAGACAGGAAAGACCAAUUAUUUGAAUGUAUUCUGUUCACAACCCUCGUGGUUCUCAACCUGUGGAUCCCCAGAUGUUUUGGCUUCCAACUCCCAAAUCCUAACAGCUGGCAAACUGGCAGGAAUUUCUGGGAGUUGUAGGCCAAAAGACCAGGGGACCCACAGGUUGAGAACCACUGCCUAGGUCAUAAUCUGUGACAAAAGAUAACAUGGCCCUAAAAAAGACAGAAGGAAAUACUCACAAUUAAUACUAUCUGCUUAAUUUUUAGUAUGUAGAAAAUUGGCAAGUGAAUUCAAGGGUUUCUGGUGGUCUGAAUGGACUUAAUUCUCACUUUGAUCAGGCACAUUGUGAAUGAAUGUGAGUAUUAUGCCUAGUCUGCCAUGGGACAUACACUGAUUUUCCAGGGUCUCCCAAUGUUUAAUUUCCAUCUCUUCCACUACUACUGAGAAGGCAUGAUGCUAAAUACACCUUUUUAAAGUUGGGAGUGGAAGAGGCAGAAGCAGAAUUCACAUGCACAAGGACAUUGGAGUAAAUGAUUGAAUGCCUUUAUCUCUCUGUAUAUAUAGCUUGUCUGGAAUAAACCUACCCUCCCAUUUGUGUUUUGAUACAGGCUUUUAGGCCGUUAUUAAGUGAUGUAGUAAGGAUCCCUUUCCCAAUAAAGCCAAUAUUUUCCAUAUAAGAGCACACCUUCACAGCCACUUAGCGACUGGAAGAGAGCAAUGGCAUGAAAGUAACAUCUGGCUGCAAUGAUAAAAGAGACACUUCCAUCCUUCCAGAUCUCCAGUUAAAGAUCUGGGAGAAUGAGGUCUUAUCUUCCAUCUGCUGCAGAACUGCAUUUGGACAUUACCCUGGCCAUUGAUCAGAUGUUGGGACACCCUCUGUUAUGGAAGAGGUUGACUGCAGAAAGGGGAGCAGGCUGAUACGGGAUCUUGACUGUUACAGUCCCAUAAAUUCAAGAUUCAAUGCAUUCAAAUUAUUUUAUCAAAUAUGAAAAAAAUAUCGGUCAUGAAGCAGUUUCCCCAGACUGCUGCCAUAUAGGUGUUUUGUACUACCAUUCCCAUCACCCUAGACAUCAUGCUUGAACAUGAAGGUUGUCAUCUAAUUUAUCUGUCAGGUGCCAAUUUGGAGAUUGCUGCUUUUACAGCAUAAAGUUGAAAUGGGAAUAUCCUUGGAAGUAUUUCACUCUGUAAUACUUGCUGUUUCAGUGUUGAAGUCAUCCUGGUGAAAUGUAUAUAAGCUGUAGAGGGCUUGAGCCUACCAAAGCAAGGCACUUUCCAUUUGGCAAAACUUGACUUUUUUGAGUCUUGCUUUAAACAUUUUUAUAUUGUGAUUGAAAAAGAUUACUUGCAGUGACGUAUCUACUAUAAUUGUUCUAUGACUUUGGUCCACCUAAUAUUUAGGACUUUUAGGAGUGAAAACCAACAACAUCUGGAGGAACAGAGAUGGAAAAGUCCUGAACUGGGACCCACCUUGUUCUCUCCAGAUGUUUUGUUCUACAGUCAGCCCCAGAUGUUCUGUAAGUCAGAAAUCAAAAACUUACAGUGAGCACCAGGUUGUUUCUCCCUGCUCUCUUAUCCCUUAUUUGUCCUCUUGUUCAGAAAACAAAACAACAAUUGUGUGUCUUUCUGCCUUUUUCAAUUACUGUACCUUAAUAUUACUUUAUGGUUAGAGGUCUGCUAGUGAUGAUGGGAACAUGGUAGAAUCCUUUUUACACACUUUGCUUUUCUAGAAAUAGAAAUAGCCCAGUUCUGAAUUUAAGAGUUUUUUAUUUAAAUUUAUCUUCUUAAACUUCCAUUUUACUACAUAUUUUUGUUACCCUUUGUUAAAAGAGAUCCAUAAAAGAAUGUGUUAUUUUUUUUCUUUUGACUAUUUUUGUAAAAUUAGGUGGAUAGCAAUGCCGCAGAAUGCAGAAAUUGCACUUUUUUGCUUGACUUCCUUGUAAAAUAGACAUUAUUUAAUUUGAAAGAAAUAAUAAUGUAAUUUAUGCCAAAAAAGGUGUAACUUGCCAUUUUCCCACUGCAUAGGUUAGAUUUAGCACAAAAUACAAAGAACUUUGGUUGAGGUGGAAUUUUGCAAGCAUAAUUAUGAGAUGGGAAAGGAAUCUACUUCAAAUAGUGGCUACCAAUAACCCAAGCAAUGUGUGUUAAACUAGAGAUGAUGUAAAUUAGUCAUUCUGGGGAGGGGAAGAGAUUAUGAAAAUGUUCAAGACUUGUUUUCCCUGCUCCAUGUGGUCAUUAUUUCUUUUUAUAUAUGUAUAUAUAUAUAUAUUAGUUGACGAGCUGCUACAUAUUUGGAAGUUCUAUUGUUUGUAGGUCACUGAAUGGACAUUGAAAUCUGAUUUAUAUUGUAUACCUGUAACAUAGAAAGAAAAAAGUAUUUAUAUAUUUUCUGUAUGAAUAUUUCAUUGAGCUGUGUAUAAUUUUAAAGAGGCUUUGUCCCCAAAUGGUUCUGCUCAUCUUGAUUUUUAGUUUGGUUUUUUUUAUUUGUUUUGGUUUUUUUUCUUUUUGUUGUUUCCUUUUGUAUAGUGUAUUCAGUUUGUGUCUAUGAACAGUAAAAGCCUCCUGGAGCAUUAUCUUAUUAAAGGGAUGCAUUGUUAAUAAAAUGAACUUCAAACAGUUA